UUGACAGUCGACAUUGUCACUUGUUUAUCUGUCAACGGACCACCCUACUUCUACUCGCUCGAUUAUCUAAUACCAAUAUUUUUAUUCAUUGCAGGCAAUCAUGGGAAUGAUCAAGAGGACGACGGGGCUGAUGGGUUUGGCUGUCGCUUCCAACCCCCAUCACACCCUCGGGGCUCUAUAUGGAAAGAUACUACGAGUUUUGGCAAAAAUGCCAGAAGAAGCAGUUUAUCGCAAGUACACUGAAACCAUUGUUCGUGAAAGAGCUGCAGUUUUGCAAAAAACCAAGGAUGUUAAUGAAAUUGAAAAAAUGGUCAACUGUGGUCAAGCUGAGGAGUUGAUAAUCCAAGCUGAAAAUGAACUUAACUUAGCCCGUAAGAUGCUAAACUGGAAGCCAUGGGAGCCACUUGUAGCCAAGCCCCCUAAAGGGCAGUGGGACUGGCCACCAGCAAAAACUCACUAAAUUAUGAACUUUUUAAUUAUUAAUAUAUGUAUAGAAUAACAGUAUAUUGUUGUGGCAUAGUAAUGAUUGUUUCAAUAAAAUGUAUAGCAAUUAAACUUA